GUUCCUGUCUUUCUCUGCUUCCCCCAAAAAUCAGUAAGACUGUGAAAUUUGAUUUGCCGGUCAGUGAGUGAGGGGAUGAAGAAGGCAACGAAUGGGAAAACGAAAGACAAAUCGAAAGACAACAUGGGAACCGCCAAGACAUCAAACCACCACAGACCCAGAGAGACGCAAGACCAGAAGAGCAAGAACAAGAAGAAGAAGAAGAACAAGCAGAGCAUCAUACCCAAUGGCACCGUGAACAAACCGGAGGUGUUGAUUGUGCCUUCUUCGAGCUCGGAAUCCCAUGGAGGGGGAGAGAAACCCAAGAAGAGUGUGGUUUCGAAACGGCAGCGGACGAGCAAUGGGAACCCUAGCAGCUGCUCUAAGAAGCAGAGGAGGAGGAAGGAGGAAGAGGAACAGGAAGAGGAAGUGGAUGAGGAGGCGAAGCUGAAUGUGAUUCCGAUGAACAGAGUGCAGAGGAUUGUGAAGAGCGGAGGUCCCGAUUUGAAAAUCAAUCAGGAGGCCUAUUUCCUCAUCAACAAAGCUACUGAAAAAUUCAUUGGACAAUUUUGCGAAGACGCAUUUACUUCGGCUGCUGCUCGGGACCGCAAGAGAUAUCUCAAGUAUAGCCACCUCUCUUCACUUGUUGCUAAAGAGAGGAGAUACGACUUCCUUUCAGAUUUUGUUCCCGAGAAAAUGAAAGCUGAAGAUGCCUUGAAAGAGAUUGAACAGGAAGAGACAUGAGCGGCUUCUUGGAUUUACCCGUUCCUACCAAUUCUUUUUGUCAUUGUAAAUGGCAUCCAUAUAGAACCACAUAGAAAUGCCACAAAACAGACAGCCUAGCCAUGUGUUUACUUGUUUGGUCCCUGAAAGAUUGAACAAUGCUUAUAAUUAGGAAUUAGACAUGAGCACGGGAAAAUUGUAGGUAGCAUCGUGAAGGAGAGUAGGACAUCUGUUCCUUUAACUUUUAUGGAUCGCAGGAGUUAGCAGAACAUCUUGUAAUCAAUAUAUGAUCGAAUCUGAUCAAUUUUUGAGAAGCAUACUUCUUUCUCAGAUGUCGGAUUUCUGUAA